AUGAAUAACGAUGAUGGAAAUGGUUCAAAUAAUAAUUCAAGUAAUUCACCCGGUAGUGAAGGGGCGAGUUGUGGAACAUGCCGUAGACCUGAUACCAAUCGAAUGGUGCAGUGUGACCAAUGCGAUGUUUGGUAUCACUAUGAGUGCGCUGGCGUAGAUGAAAGUGUAGCAAAUCGGGAUUGGAUUUGUGUAAAGUGUGAGAGGAAGUCUUUGCUGAAGGAAAGGGUUUCUUUAAUCGGUGAACGCGAUGAGCUCCGUAAACAGCAGAAGCGGUGGCAACAAGAUCUACAACAACAGAAGCGGUUAGAAAAACAGCAGCAGCAGCAGUUAGAAACGCAACAGCAGAUGUUGGAUCAUUUUGAGCAGCUUCAGUUGCAGUGGCCCAUGUCGCAGCCGUAUAGUAGGCAGUCGGAAGUUUCAGCACCUAGCAUUGGUAAAGAGAAUUCUUCAACAGAUCUUCCCGGGAGAAAUACAGGAACUAUCCCAAAGGAUGUGACGUUUUGCCGUAGUGGAAACUUGCGUGUAGAGGAACAACAUGAGCCAUCGGUCAAUCGGUCGAUUGAUCCGAAUGGAUCGUUGAACAGAACUAAGAAACCGGGUUCGAAAAGCUCUAGACGAUCAGAAAAGGCGAAGGAGAUGCAGCUGAGAGCUUUAGAAGCCAGACAGGAACUGGAAAAGAGGCAGCUUGAGGAACGUCUUGCCUUGGAGGAGGAACUUUUGGAAUCCAGCGAUAGCGAAGCAGAGACGGUGAUGAGUAAUAAGCAGCUUGAAGAUUGGUUAGAUGAAACUGAAUGCGUUAGAGUUGAGGAAGAUGACAUGAAUGAGAUACGGGCGAAUCAAACUCCGUUACCGAAAUACUCAGUUAACCCGCAGAUGCUUGCUAAACCAGGAAUGUCGCGAACUCAACAACAACCUAGGUAUGUGUCUGUCGAUCGUCACUCGCAAGUGAGACACACCUCAACGCCACGAGAGGUUGGAACAUGCUUGAAAGAAAAUACAGAAAAAGCUGUAGCCUUGAAUAAAAAUCAUCUAGCGGCACGACAGACUGUGAAGGAUCUUCCUAGGUUCGGUGGUGAUCCCGAAGAUUGGCCCAGGUUCAUAGCGGCGUUUGAACGAACGUCUAGAAUGUGUGCAUUCGGAAACGAUGAACUCCUUGACCGACUGGAAAGAUGUCUUCAAGACAGGGCACUGAACGCUGUGAAAUGUUUACUUUUACAUCCUGAUAAUGUUCCGACCAUAAUGAAUCGCUUACAAACAUUGUUUGGAAACCCAGAUUCAAUCAUCGAGACAAUGAUUAGGCGAGUAAGGAUGAUGCCACCUCCUAAAGCGGAAAGAAUGGAAUCGAUUAUAGAUUUCGGUGUCGGAGUACAAAAUCUUUGCGCAACAAUCCAAGCGUGCGGAAUGGAUGAACGCUUAUACAAUGCUACGUUGAUACAAGAAUUGGUUGAAGUUCUUCCUUAUCCUUUGAAAGACAAAUGGGCAAGGCAUAUUUACAAAACAGGCGCUAGCUCUUUGUUAGAAUUCAACGAAUGGAUCGGAAGAAUUGUUGAGGCUUAUAGUCUGGUAACGAGACCACAGGUGUGGGUUAAAUCAUCAGGAAAGACGAAAAGAGAUGAAGCCUAUCUGCAUGUUCACAUCGAUUCGCCCAUUGAAGCUAGUGGUGGAAACUGCCUUGCAUGCAAUGGAGAAUGCGCUGGUCUGAACGAGUGUCCCCGCUUCAAUGAAAUGACAACUGCAUCCCGUUGGUCUCUUGUGAAUGAUAAGAAAAUUUGUCGCAAAUGUCUUAAAAGGCACUUCAAGGCAUGUGAAGUAAGGGUUCAAUGCAACAAAAAUGGCUGUCAGUUUUUACAUCACUUUCUUCUGCAUGACGAAAAUAAGCACAAAGUCAAUAUCCGAAAAAUUCCACAAAACUCAUCUUGCAAUACCCAUUACCGUUCACAUGAGGAGAUUCUACUUAAAUACGUACCAGUUACUGUUUACGGAAAGAAUAAAUCUAUUACAACGUAUGCCUUUUUUGACGCAGGGUCUACCUGUACGCUGAUGGAGCAUAGUUUGUGGAACGAAUUGAAUCUGGAAGGAGAACAGUACCCACUCUGCAUAAACUGGACGGCAGGGCAGGGGAGGUACGAAGCUGAUUCUGUUAAGUUCUCCGUUGAUAUAAGUGGCACUUCGAAUCAGAAAAAUAAGUUCCUUCUUUCGAGUGUACACACAGUACGAAGCCUGGAUCUUCCGUCACAGAGUUUGUGCCUUUCGGAAUUAGUGAAACAUUUUCACCAUCUGUCUAACAUACCGGUGGAGUCGUAUGAGAAUGUCAAACCAAGGAUUUUGUUAGGAAUGGAUAACAUUCGUCUGGAGUACCCAUUCGAUUCUAAGGAGGGUGCUGAGAAUCAACCAACUGCAGUUUUGACACGCUUAGGAUGGAUUAUUUAUGGACCGUGCCUUGUGCCAGGAUCGGCAUUCUCCGAAGAAAAUAAGCAAGCUUUUACCUACCACAUUUGUCAAUGUGAAACGCUUAAUUCAGCAGUAAGAGAUUAUUUUUCAUUCGAUAGCCUGGGUAUUUCAACAAGUAGCGAUCGAUUAUCUUCAGAUGAUUCGCGAGCAUUAGAUCUAUUGAGAUCAAAAACUGCAUAUGCGAAGGGGAGGUAUGAAACCUGUUUGCUUUGGAGAUAUGAUGACGUGAUACUUCCAGACAGCAAAGCGAUGGCUAUGAAACGACAUCUUUGCUUAGAAAAACGUAUGAUUAGAGAACCUAAGAUGGCUAAAGAACUGCAGCAGAAGCUCUUGGAGUACGAGUUCAAAGGUUACACUCGCAAACUUUCACCACAAGAAGAAAGUGAACAUCAAGGCCGCCAAUGGUAUCUUCCUAUUUUUCCUGUUUUCAACCCAAAUAAACCUGGAAAACUGCGUAUCGUUUGGGACGCAGCGUCGAAAGUCCGUGGUGUCUCCUUAAAUUCAUUCUUACUGAAAGGACCCGACCAAGUCGUUGCACUGCCCCAUGUACUUCUAAGAUUUCGUGAAUACCGUAUAGCUGUUUCGGGGGACAUUAGAGAAAUGUUCCAUCAAGUUGGCAUCAACGAAAUUGACCAACAUUGUCAACGCUUUUUAUGGAACGAUGGUGUCAUCGGGAAGACUCCGACGGUGUACGUUAUGCAGGUGAUGACAUUCGGUGCAAGCUGCUCACCAAGUAGUGCACAGUAUGUUAAGAAUACGAAUGCGGAUCGAUUUGUCAACAAAUACCCGGAAGCAGUAUACGCGAUCCGCUCUGGAACAUAUGUGGAUGAUAUGCUUAUCAGCGUCGAAACAGAGAGAGAAGCAAUCCAACUAGUAAAGGACGUGCGUAUGAUACACUCGGAAGGAGGAUUCGAAAUACGAAGUUGGUUGUCCAAUUCGGGACAAGUGUUAAAAGCUUUGGGAGAAAAUUCAACUUCUCAGAAGGAUUUGAAUGUAGACAACGAGUUAGGAUCAGAGAAGGUUUUGGGAAUGUGGUGGAAUACGGUUGAAGAUAUAUUUACAUUCAAGGUGCCACGCAGAUGCAACCAAGAGAUAAUGUCCGGCACCGAGACACCCACUAAAAGAGAAGUUCUUCGAGUUCUCAUGCUUAUAUAUGAUCCACUAGGAAUGCUCUCUAAUUUCUUAAUGUAUUUGAAAGUUCUACUGCAAGAAAUUUGGCGAUCUGGAGUCGGGUGGGAUGAACCAAUACACGAUGAACAGCUGUCGAAGUGGCGUACAUGGCUAAAUGUUUUAAAACAGGUAGAAACUGUUUCAGUUCCUCGAUGUUACCGAAGAUUCACGUCAGCAAAUCACAGUACUAAGGUUCAGCUACACGUAUUUGUGGAUGCCAGCGAAAACGGAUAUGCGGCAGUCGCAUACUUUCGGUUCGAAGAAUCUAACCAAAUAGAGUGUGCCUUCAUCACUUCGAAAACGCGUGUUGCUCCCUUACGAUAUGUUUCCAUCCCACGCUUGGAACUCCAAGCCGCCGUCAUCGGUGUGGUUCAAUGGCCCGAAAUUCAUUCGUCAGGAACAAACAUUGUGGCCAACACAACCAUCCUUCUAUAG